AUGUUUGUGAGAAAUUAUUCAAAGAUUUCACAGCUGGAGAGUUUUGUGAAGGAGGAGUGUAAAUCUGGAAGGAUUCAGAAGCUUGAUGAUGGUUUGAGAUACUUUGAUAUGUUGAUUUCGGAAAGGCCAUUACCAUCUAAUGUUACAUUCUGUCAUGUAUUGAGUUCAUUAUCCAAAAUCAAAUGUUAUUCGGAUGUCAUUACGCUGUACAAGAAGAUGAAUUUGGUUGGGGUACAACCCAAUAUCUUUACGUUCAACAUUUUGGUUAAUUGCUGUGGGGUUGUGUCUUCAAGAAAAUAUAGUUAUGCCUUUCAAGUGUUUGCUAAAAUGACAAAGACGGGUAUUCAACCUAAUGCUUUUACAUGUACUACUCUUAUACAUGGGCUGUGUACCACUGGUCAAGUGGGUGGUGCUCUGCAGUUAAAAAACAACAUGCUGAAAUGGAAUUGCAGACCCAAUGUCGUUUCAUAUAAUGCCAUUUUAGAUACUCUUUGUAAAGGCGGUUUGCUUGAUCAAGCUUUGGUUCUCUUCUCUGAAAUGCUUCAUGAUUCGAAUGUUGUGCCCAAUGUAGUUGCUUACAAUAUUUUGGUUAACGGGUUUGGAAAUUCAGGCCGGUUAAAGGAGGCAAAGAGCUUCUUUGACGAGAUGGUUAGUAGAGGAAUCUCCGCAGAUGUAACGGCGUAUACUUCUUUGAUUCACGGUCAUUGCCUACAUGGUCAACAGGAAGAAGCAAGAAGAUGUUUUGAUGAAUCGAGGGAUUUUACCCGAUACAGUAACCUUUAG